AUGAAGCAUCUUAUAUUUUUAGCUGUACUAUGUUGUGUGAUACCGGUUGUAGUUCCGGCUAAAUAUCUACCAAAAUGGAAGAAACAGGCGUGCGAACUGCCGGCGGUGCAGAGCGAGCACAGCCACUACGUGUGCGAUGACAAGGGGGAGCCGAAGUGUCUUCCCGGAUGGCAGGGUGACCUUUGCGAUGUGCCCAUUUGCAAGAAGGGAUGCGAUCCUUUGCAAGGAUAUUGUAACCGACCGGGUGAAUGCCGCUGUAAAUUAGGUUUCUACGGUGAACGCUGCAACAAAUGUAUUCCCUUGCCGGGAUGCCAGCAUGGAUAUUGUAACGUGUCCUUUGAGUGUCAGUGCCGCCCCGGAUGGGAUGGCAUUUUCUGUUCAGAGCCAAUCUGCCGCUCGGACUGCCACGCGACUCGAGGGUACUGCGAGGGACCAGGUGAAUGCCGUUGCCGUCUCGGCUGGGCUGGGCCCACGUGCCGAUCCUGCCAGCCCCUGCCUGGCUGCCAACACGGCUACUGUGACAAGCCGCUCGAGUGCAAAUGCCUACCUGGUUACACUGGGCUUCUGUGCCAAACUCCAAUCUGUGCUCCUGGUUGUCACGGCGAGCGUGGCUACUGCCGGCGUCCAGGCGAGUGCCGUUGCAAAGUGGGCUGGACUGGGAAAAACUGCACGCAAUGCCACCGAUACCCCGGCUGCGUCCAUGGUACAUGCAACCGACCUUGGGAGUGCAUCUGCAAGCAAGGCUGGGGUGGCAUGCUGUGCGAUGAAGAACUGAACUACUGCGAGAAGAAUCCCGGCACCUGUAAGAACGGCGGUAAAUGUCAGUCGUUGGAAGCCGGUGACGGACAUUUCAGGUGCAACUGCCCUCCCGGUAUCCGCGGGAAACACUGCGAGGAUCUGCCAGAUAGCAUGACAACAACAGAGGAGACGGAAACCGUUACAACUGUAUCAGAAGUAUCAGUGGGGUCCGAAGCAUCAGUUGAAGAGAAUGUAGAAGUUAAUUCAUCUGUUGAAGUUGAAGUUUCGACAAAGGAGCCUGACAACGAUGAAAAUGAGACUGAAUAA